AUGUCGGCAACUAAUCGGCCUUUGAUUGAUGAAGAUGGAAUAUCGGAAGCAACCGAGGAGGAGCUCAAAGAAUUUGAUGAACUCAUUAAGAAAUAUGCCCGUGACAAAGCACGAGUUUCAGCGGAACAACGAAAAAAAUUACUGUCAUAUGAGCGUGAACACCGCGAAAUGGAACAGAGAGCUCUUGAAUGGAAUGCAUAUUGGGAGCGACGAAAAAAAGAUGAUCGGGAUUUAUGGAGAGAUAAAGAUUUCGCCAAUGCAGUCGAUAAGAUGAGUCGAGCUGGAUACAAAGGAAAACAUGGAGAUUUUGAUGUACCUGAAGAAGAAAUGAUCAAACUUGAAGCUCUCUACAUGCAAGUGACUCUUGGAAAUUAUGACGGAAACAAUUCAUUGAGAUGUGUUGAGGAAUGGAAAAAACAAUCAGGAAAAUCCUGUGUCGAGGCUCAAAGAGAUUUCAUUAAACACUCGAAUUGGUGUCUGACUCGUUGGGGUUGGAAUCCUCCUCCUGGUUGGCGG